GGGCAGCUUCAGCAGCUACAACAAGCCGGACUACCGGGCUCCCACCGGGUAACAAGAGUCAGAAAGCCUCAGACUGGUCGUCAUCGUCGGUUGUACUCCGGAGACUGCGGAUUUUAUCCUUGAUCUUUUCCAGUGGGUAUCGAGAGAUGAAUAGAGUCUACGGACACUGAGUCUUCUGUUAUUUGUUGUCCAGCUGGGAAAUAAAAAUCCUCCAUCCGUGUGCCGGUCCAGCUGUCUUCUCUGCCCGCCCCCUCCGGUUUAACUGCACCGGUCAGACUUAGAAAGAGCAACAGCCUCCACCGGCGCAUUCAGUGAGGUAGAAAAGCCCUACAACAAGCUGCAGCCAUGGACGAGAUGGACCUGCCCCAGAUGAAGAAGGAGGUGGAGAGCCUCAAGUACCAGUUGGCUUUCAAACGAGAGAAGUCCUCCAAAACUGUGACGGAUUUGGUAAAGUGGAUCGAGGAUGGCGUCCCAGAGGACCCCUUCUUGAACCCGGAGCUGAUGAAGAACAACCCGUGGGUGGAGAAAGGAAAAUGCAUCCUUCUCUAGAAGAAACCACCCACCCUGCCAUGACCUUCAACCACACUGACCGACACACACACCUACAGAUGACCCCUGAACCAGCCCCCCCCCCACCUCAGCCUGUGAAGGCCAUGGCAGGACAACGCCUUCUAACCUAUCACCGUGAAUGUACAACAGCUGAUUUCCCCCGACCUCUCCCGAACAAGCACUGCAACAAGGGCAGAGACACACACUCUCAAACACUUUCACUCCACACAUUUAGUGCAAGUUUAUUUCUGCCACGGCAAUUUAUCAUUACUAUUAUAUGACGACAAUGAUCAAUACUCCCACUACAUGUCUCUAUAUGGAUACAUGACGAUUAAUUUAUGCAGCUUCCAAUCACAAGCUCUCUCUCCUCUUUUACUCUUCAUUCUGAGCAUAGCAGUUUUUAUUUCUUCCAUUCAUGAUGAAUUAAUGAGGUGUAAUGAACUGUAGAGUCAGAUUCUCUCUACCAAACUGACUGUAGGUCUGCUGACCUACCUAAAACUAAUUUUUGGUACUUUUUUACAAUAAAGCUGUUAACACCUCAUUAAAACUAAAUUAACCUGGCCAUAAGAACCUAUAAUGAUUUAUAAUUAAAUGAAGAUCAUUUUUAGUCAAUACAGUAUACUUCUCCACCAAUAAUUAGCUUAUUUUGGUUUACAGACUAUGGUUUUAAUGUUUUACUUAUUCAGAAAUCAAGUUAGAAAUCAGCCUUAUAAGACAUGUAGGACUUGCAUGUAAAGGAAAUUAAGACUCGUAGUAUAGAAUGAUUAGGUCUUCAUAUGUGUUUGCUUGCCUUAAGUAGAGUAAGAUACUUGUUUUUCAUCAUUAAGUUUUUUUCACCUUUUUUUGGCCCCAUUUACACUUGUCAUUAACAAGUGUCUUGUAUCUCAAUUAAAUCCAGAUACAAUUUAAUACUGUUUUAUUUACACUUAGCUACAUACUGUAUAUGCGUCUCCAUUAGCCACAUCACAAAUAGGAUUGCACUCUGUUUUGGUUUUCUUGGGCUACACUUGGCUCUACUCCAGUUCAGAGGGUGGUAGUAAUGCACCUGAAGCUGAUACUUAUUUAUGGAUUACCUUCUAAGGUGGUUUGAGCAAUCAGAUUUCAGUCCAUCUUGAAUGCUCUCUGGAUGCAGUUCCAUGUAGCUUUUUGAUAUUUGAUAGCUAUCCAUUCAAGAUGCAUGAAAUGACAAAGUGUAAACGUGGUCUUUGCCUGGAUUCAAGCCAUUUCCCAUUCAGCAUGGGGGCAGUUGCAAUAAAUUAUAUGCCUAUGCUGUAAACCUUUGUAACAGUAUGAAUUAUCCCUACUACCAGUUGUAAGUCUUUAUAGAUUCUUAUGGUGCAUUCACUAAUUAUAAACGUGUUUGUUGUUGACGGAUAGCACUACACUUGCAAUUUGUUAACCAUAAAUUUAAUUGACAAAUGUGACUGUUAGAGAUCAGUUUUUUUAAAGAUAAAAAGAUGAAUUCCAAGGAUUAUUCAUAUGGAAACAAGUGUAUUAAUUGUCUAAAGAUGCCAGUAUGCUUGAGACGCACUAGUUUGUACGUUAUGUCAUCCGACCAGGCCAGAAGAGAGGAGUGUUUGUAGCCAUUCUGAAUGGCCGCGCUUGAAGGCAGGUUGAAAAGCUUGCUGUCAUAGAGAGGGACAAGAAAUGGGGUUCAAAUGGGGAUAAUGGCGCACACUGUCAGACAAUAUUUCCUCUAAGGAAUUAGGUUCAACUUGGCUGUACAUAUGACAAGUGACGGAAACAAUGUAAGAAAAAAAAGAUCUUGAGAGAUAGUGGGCGUAUGUGUAGGCUUAGAAAAGUUAUGAGUCUUGUUGGAUGCACUCCAUUCCCAUGGCAGAAA